AACAGAUGAUGUUACAGUAUAGUGUCUCAUUCGACCGUACGAACACUCUCAGUCUCAGACGAAGCCUACGCGUCUCCUCGCCGACUUGCUUUCGUCAACUUCGAGCGUUGACCGGAAAAUGGCCGCGAACUCUGUCAGAGUCGCCGCUGCUCAGAUGACUUCCAUUAACGAUCUCGCUUCUAAUUUCGCCACCUGCUCUCGCCUCGUCAAAGAAGCAGCUUCAGCUGGGGCGAAAUUGAUCUGUUUUCCAGAAAAUUUCGCAUUCGUUGGUGCCAAGGAGGGAGAAAGUCUCAAAAUAGCAGAACCUUUAGAUGGACCUAUAAUGCAACGAUACUGUUCUCUAGCAAGAGAAUCAAGUAUUUGGUUAUCACUUGGAGGAUUCCAAGAGAAAGGACCUGAUGAGCAGCAUUUGUGUAAUACCCAUGUUGUAAUUGAUGAUAACGGGAACAUUAAAAACACUUACAAGAAGAUACAUUUGUUUGAUGUAGAUAUUCCUGGUGAAAGGUCAUACAAGGAAAGCAGCUUCACGGAAUCAGUUUACAAAUUGUUUGUCAUGCAUUCAGGGAAUAACAUUGUUUCAAUAGAUAGCCCUGUUGGACGAUUGGGUCUCACAGUUUGUUAUGAUCUGAGAUUUCCUGAGCUAUACCAGCAGCUCAGGUUCCAACAUGAAGCACAGGUCCUAUUGGUACCUGCAACUUUCACAGUUGUAACAGGUCAGGCACAUUGGGAGAUUCUUCUUUGUGCUCGUGCAAUUGAGACUCAGUGCUAUGUCAUUGCUGCAGCACAAACUGGAAAUCAUAAUGAUAAACGACAAAGCUAUGGAGACACUUUGAUUAUUGACCCAUGGGGAACAAUAGUUGGUAGACUUCCUGAUCGCCUGUCAACAGGAAUUACUGUGGCUGAUAUAGAUUUCUCACUGCUUGAUUCAAUCAGAACAAGGAUGCCAAUUGCUAGGCAUAGGAGACCCAUUGAAUUCUGGAAAUCUGCUUCUCUGUGAUAUCAAUCUACCGACAUGGUGUCCAACAGCUAUUUUCAUAUUGUUCUGACUGUAAUAGACUCAGCUCUUUGCUUGAGUUUAUUGGAGUUGUGAUUUACAUUUUUUUUUUCAAAUAAUAAAAAUAUAUUGUGAUCAUCAUCAAUAUCCACCAUUAUCUCUCUUUUUCUCUCAAUAAAGGAAAAGGAGAAGAAAAAAAAAGAACUUUUUUUAUAAGGAUGAUGAGUCAUACUGUGGGUAGAGAACGACUGACAAAAGUUGAAAGUUAAAUCUUCACACAUCCAUCAAAAAGGAGAAAGAAAAAGAAUUUGUAUGA